GGAAGUGGUCCUCAUAAAAUCGGACAACUCAACGGUUGUCUCUUACAUAAACCGCCAGGGCGGAACGCAUUCCCCGCAGUUGUGCAUGCACACAUGGGAGCUUCUGCUUUGGUGCCAGGCGAGACAGAUCAAUCUUACGGCGGUCCACUUAGCCGGAAAGCUGAAUAUCAUGGCGGAUGCUCUGUCUCGGGGGAAGGUCCUUCCAACCGAAUGGACUCUGCACCCGGCAGUGGUUCAAUCGAUCUUCCAAGUAUGGGAUCGUCCUCACAUCGAUCUGUUUGCGUCGGCACUGAACCAUCAGUUACCGGUGUAUUGUACACGCAACCAGGAUCCGAAGGGAUGGGCAGCAGACGCUUUUUCCAUCAGUUGGAAAAACAUGCUAGCAUACGCGUUUCCCCCGAUCUCGCUUCUACCAAGGGUACUGACAAAGAUCGAGGCGGAAGAGUGCAGAAUCAUCCUCAUCGCACCAUUUUGGCCACGCCAGCCUUGGUUUCAGAAAAUAGUUCGCCUCUUGUGCAAUCCGCCGAUAAUUCUACCGGUGCGAUCAGACCUACUGCGUCAACCACGGUCCCUGAUCCCGCAACCAGGGGUAGAGUCCCUCCACCUAACAUCUUGGAUGCUGUCAAGCAAUCACUGCGAUCAGCGGGCCUUUCAGCAGACGCUGCCUCAUUGGCAGCCCAAGGCCGCAGACUGUCUACCCGUAGGACUUACGACAGCCGAUUACGACAUUAUCAUAGGUGGUGCGAAGAACACACUUAUGAUCCAUGCACAACGCCUCUAGCAGUGGUUGGAGAUUUCUUUAUGUACCUGUUUCAUAAGGAUUUGACGAUAUCCACUAUUCGGGGCUAUAGAUCAGCUAUAGCGGCUGUCCAUAAAGGGUUCGCAGAUGGAUCUACUGUGUCCAAUAACGCUAGCCUGGCUCAGCUCCUGCGGGGGAUGUAUGUUGAAAGGCCUCCAUCUAGGAAGCUGGUUCCAUCCUGGGAUCUUGCACAAGUUCUUAAGGUCCUGGCGGAACCGCCAUAUGAACCAUUGGCGAAUGCCCCCUUAUUAGACCUAUCAGUCAAAACAGUUUUCCUGUUGGCUACAGCCACAGCUAGACGAAGAAGUGAGCUCCAUGCCCUUUCAGUUGAACCAGGGCACAUUAGAUGGGAGCCAAGUGGAGUAAGACUGGUGCCUCGUCAGGGGUUUUUAACGAAGAAUCAAUCUCCUUCCUUCCUUCCUCCACCAAUUUUCGUGCCGGACCUUAAAAGUUUUUCCUCGGUCCCACAAGAUAAACUGUGGUGCCCAGUUCGAGCACUCAAGUGGUACCUGGCUCAAACAAAACCCUUGAGAGGAGACACCACCCAACUGUUUAUUUCAACAAAUAAACCACACAAAGCAGUCUCUGCAGACUCUAUUUCCCAGUGGAUAGUUACAGCUAUCCAGGCAUCUAUCAAAGACUGGCCAAAGGUACCGGACAUUCGGGUCAAUGCCCAUGACACCAGAGCCAUGACGACAUCAUGGGCCUACUUUAAAGGUGUCCCCAUUCAGGACAUUUUGCAAGCAGCAGCCUGGAAAACACCAUCAACAUUCACAUCCUGCUACCUGCGGGAUGUUCUCCAAGCAGAAGGAAGGACGGGCCGUACAGCCCUCUCAAUAGGAGCAUCCAAGGAAGGUUCUACCCUGGAGUGA